UGGGCCUGAUUACAUGCUUCAGGGAGGUUUUGAUCAAUUUCAGAAUACAGCUGGAUUACCAAAACUUGAAACAGAGCUAAGCAAAUUAGAAAAAGAAUAUAAAGAUUUUGAUGUACCAGAAGAAGAUGCAAUCAAAGAGUAUUUUAAUAUAAGGUCACUUUUAGAUUCAUAUAUUCAUGAUAUAAGAAAUAUUGUAAAUCAUCCACUUAACAUUUUAAAAUUCAUGAGGCCUGGUCGCUUGGUUUGGGUGAAACAUGCAAAUAUGGAGUUUGGAUGGGGUAUGGUAGUUGCUUGGGGAAAAAAAAAGCAGGAUCCAAGUUUUGAAGCAAAAAAUACUUUAAAUCCGACGGAUAAUAAUUCUGAAUUAAAUCAACCAGCAGCCGAGAAUCCCGGAGAAAACUCAGAAGAAAUUAUAGAAGAAAAUCUAGAGAAAUUGGAAUUUUCUUUACCUCCAGAUCAUUAUUUUGUUGAUGUGUUAUUAAAUUGCGAUCCUGAAUCAGUUGUUGCUAAAUCAGCAGACGGUAAACUUAUUGGUGUAAAACCUUAUAAGGGAGAUGGUUUAGGAGAAAUGAUG